GAGUAUCGCCCUCAAACAGCACCUUUUUACUUUUUACGCCAAUCCGCCUGGUCAACGAGUAGGACUGACGGGAUGUUUUGCCGAUGUAUGAUUCUUCAAUGUACAAAUUUCAAAAUUUUAUUCCAACUGGCUGCGCAACUACCAAUAGACUUCUUCACCAUCAGUAUCGCUAUUUGCGAGAAAUCAUUCGGCUUACCGACUAUUGAAAUAGAGGACACCGCCUGAGUUUCACCAUCAGUAUAAGAGGUGGCGACAGAAGUUGUCCAGAAGGACCCUCUCAAAAUAUCUGGUUUACGUCCUUUUCCGAUCGUCAAAUCCCAUAGCCAUGAGCGACACCAUCACUUUAACUUACAAAGUCGUAAAAGGCGUUCCAAUCAAACUCGACCUUUAUCUUCCUACACAUGAACAGAAUCAAGGACCAACGCCGGCAGUCGUCUACUUUCAUGGAGGCGGGCUCGUUAUGGGUUCUCGCCGUGACCUGUUUCCGCACUGGCUGCAAAACCGAGUUACUUCGACCGGCUAUGUCUUCAUUUCUGCUGAUUUCAGGUUGAUCCCGACCGGACCAACGACUGGCCAUGACGUGGUCGAGGAUAUCAAAGACCUAUUCGCCUUUCUCCGUGAAAAGGACUUCAAAGUCUGUCGUGAGACAGGGGAGGAAGUCAAGAUAGAUCCUGGAAAGGUUGCCGUCUCAGGGUCCAGCGCCGGGGGACUCUGUGCAUAUCUCGCUGCAAGCCAUGUUACUCCCAGGCCUGCGGCACUGCUACCCAUAUUUGCUUCAGGAGGAGACUUCUUGACUCCCUUCUAUUUGAACCCCAAGUCAGAACCCUUCCUACGUGGAAGGCCACUCGUUGACGCAUCCAUGUUCGCCGACUACGUGCACCCUCUCGCCGCUAAAGUGGCUUCUGACCUUCUUUCCGAGUCUCCGCUCACUUUCGUGCCAGGCUCCAACCCCCCACUCCCCGCGAACCCUCGUAUGGCGGUAGUCUUCCUAUACCUCCAACUCGGGACAUACCUAGACUACUACACCGGUCAAUACGAACCCAGCAUCAGUGCUUCUCUGAGGAGCCUGGUGGGUGACUCAAAGCAACGCCUUAUUGACACCAUCCCAGAACAUCAUCGUGCGCUAUUCCCACAACUGAACGUCACUUCAUCUUGGCCCCCUACAUACCUCCUCCACGGCGAAGAAGAUACAGCCGUUCUCGUUCACGAAUCCCAGAAUAUUCAUCAGUUGUUGAAGGACGCUGAGGUGGAAUCAACCUUGAAGCUUGUGCCAGGGCAGGAUCAUUACUUCGACGUCAUGACCCCCAACGCAGAGGACUUGUGGGGAAAUGUCUUUGACGACGUCUUAGUCUUUUUGAAGAAGCAAUUAAGUUCUUAGAUCCGUGAUGUCGGUCAAAGGGAAAUUGUAAAAUAUUGCGCGAAGCGGGAUGCAAUAUCAUC